AUGUUUCAAACCUACGUUAAUCCAGUCCUUGAAUAUUGCUCCGAGCUUUUCUCACCCGCCAUUUCCUCUGAGGAAUCUCACAAACUGGAAUCUUCACUGCGUCUCUUUAGUCGGAAAGUUUUCAUUCGUUGUAAUGUUAGUUUCACUUCUUACUCAGAUCGCCUUAGUCAAUUUAACAUCAAACCGUUAUUCAUUCGUCGUGAAAUUUGUGACAUUAUCACCUUGCAUAAAAUCAUCUGUGGCUCUGAUCAUUUUCUCGAUCGCAAUAAGUAUUUCACUCAAUCCCUGUUACAGAGAAAUCCACUUCGACUACGGACUACUGGUCAGUUUUCUAAUGACUUUUUUUCUAGAACUAUUCCUCUUUGGAAUAAACUAACUUCUUAUUUAGAUUUUAACGUUACCCCAGAAACUCUGCGUAAAAAGUUGAAUGCUCUUCCGUUUGAAGCCUUUCAUGAAAAAUAUCCCCUCUCGUCUCCUUUGAAUUUGCCAUAUUUCCGGGUACCCGUCAACUCGUUAGGGGUUGACUCUUUCCCGUGUAUUGUUAUUUCUCUGCCUAUUCCUUCACUUGAUCAUCUAUUCUUCAAUUAUUUUUUUUUAUGUUAAAUAAUGGCAGUGAAUAAACUAUCUAUAUAUAAAAAAAAAUUUUAUUUUUCAUUGGAAAACCUUAAAAAGUAGAAUAUUUCGUUUCCGUUCAAAUAAUAAUUAUUAAGAUUGCCCCCCGGAGGCCAUAUUUUUGAACGAUGGCGAGAAGUACACCAUUGUGCCGACCAAUUGUACUUAUCAGGUAAAAAAAAACUAUUUUCAAAAAUUAUUCAUUCUCUGCUAGCUUCAUACCAAAAUUAAAAAAAAAGAUAAUUGAGAGAAGGUUUUUAUAAGUUGUACGAAAAGAACUUUUUUUUUUGUAACGCUUUCUAGGUAAGAUAGAGUAUCAUUAAACUGAAGAGACGCCAGAGAAAAAGAGCAAUCUGACUUCUCUGCCCUCUCUUCAGGUCGAUAUACUGUUUCAGCUUCCAGUUAAAAACAGUUUUCUUCACUUUUAUCGUUCGAAAUACUUCCUCUAAUGGAUGAAAUUAAAAAAUUGAGUUUUUGAUACUUUUUUCCAGUUCAUCGCCAGCAACUUCCUGUACUCCACCGUUUCCGCCUUCCCAACUUAUACCGAUUGUCAAUCUUGCUUUUUCUUGACUUAUAAUGGUUACAAUGGCAGGAAGGACUACAAGUGAAUCCAAAUAUGAAUUUCAUAAAUAAAACAAACUUCAGCUUCCAAUCAACCGGACUGAAUCCAGUACCUCCAGUGGCGUUCAAUUUGACGCUACUAGUCUUAAAAACGGACUUUAAUAUCACAAUUUCGACCAACACUGGUAAGAGAUUUGAAAGUUUGCUCUCAAAAUAUCUCAGGUCUAUCCUCCUACGUUUCCAACAGGACCAUGUUGGUAUUUUCUCAAUAUUCCACCAUAAUCCGGGCUUCCGACAUCCCAACGUUCUCUUUAUUAACCAUCCAAGGAGGGGAGGAGAAUAUGAUUCUUCGCUCCUUGAGUGAUCCCUCAAGUGGUUCUAAUACGGACGAUACUUGGGGCGUUUAUAUUUUUGCCGGGGAUCAAUAUCUUUGCACGUGAGUAUAUGAUUUAAAACGGUUUUGAUGGAUGUGUCCCCGACUCAAAACGACUUGCGCGCGGAGUGUAUGAGAAAAGGUUAAAGCUUGACAGCGACGCAUCGAGCCAUUCUGAAUGCGGCCAUAUCGUGGUUUUGACCAAUUUUCCCAAUAAAAAUAACCCUUCCCAAGAAUUUUGCCUCUUUUUCUCAAAACUUCUUUUAAAUCUCUUAAUUUUUCAGAGCCGCCGACAUUUCCCGUGCCCCCAAUCGUAUAAUCAUGUCACCUACCAAACAAAUGUCAUUUCUAACGAUGAAAAACGUGCUGGAAUUGAAUAUUAGAACUGUUAUACUCGUACAAACUUCUGCAUUCGGUAAUUAAUUUAGAAUUCUCAAAAAUUAAUCAGAACGUUCAGGUUGGCCAGUGGCUCUGAACAAUGUCAUUCUGGCGUCGGAGCCAACUUAUAACUCUCAAAUAAUUUUCCCAGUUUUGAAGACCGUCUCAGUGACUUAUUUGGUUGGCUACAAUUUGGAUUCGUCAGAAGCUGUGAUUUCUGACGCGGUUUUUGGGGUGAGGGGGAUUUAAACCGGACUUGAAGCUUCUGAAAAUUGAAAAAACACGCUUUUUGAGCAUUUUUCAGAUCUUUUGUUAGCGAGUCUUAGUUUACAAAUUCCAGCUAUUGGUGAAAAAUUUCAAAAAGGGACUGACUGCCUUGAAACUUUACUAGGCAAGUAAUGGCAAUUGAAUAAAACUUUAAAUUUUAUGAAGUAUCAAAAAGAAGGAGAAAAACCAGGCAAAAAUAAGAUUUAAAAAAAAAGUAAAAAUAUCUAUUUCAGAACAUUUCCACCAAUUCUACAGUCGAUAUUUACGCUGGAUGUCUGACUUCUCCGAUUUCUGGCAACCUUAUCGCGUCGAUUGAGUUCGAAAUUCAAAAAUUCUUCGAAAUGAAUUAAAUCAAUUUUCAGUCCGACGAACCCAAAAAAGGGCAUGCCGAUCCCUUUUAGAGGUCCAUGUAAGACGAUUAUUGUUCCUGGUGGGACCAACGUCACGUUGAUUAAUACUCCCACACAGUUUUUGUCAAGUAAGUCUUGAAAUUCUCAUUUUUUGGGCAACACCUGGGACAAGGUAUACCCCCCCAAACAUAAAAAAAUGAUGUUUUUUUAGAGAAGUUAAGAUUUCAUUUUUUCAGGAAACAUUUCCAUUGAAGACGGAGGCCAAGGCAUUCUGAUGUCCAGAACUUUUCCUUAUCAAGAUACUUUUCUACCGGCUAAUAACCAAACGUUUUUCAUAUCAACACCUGGCUUGACCGAGGAUGGAAACGGUAACUUUUUUCGGUUCCCAGAAGUCCAGAAAGUUUUGAAGUCACCUAUUGUUUCUUAAUUAGUUCUACAAAACUCACGUCUAGGAGAGUCUAAUCGGAUAAUUGGUUCGUUGGAGCGUACUUGGAGGUUUGAAAAAAGCCUUUCGAUAGAUGAUGAAAUUGAUCUUGAAGCUUCUCCUUCUAAGAAUUAAGCUGGAAUUGAUGGAAUAAUAAUAAAUUAGGUGAAGGCUCUUUUUGAAGACUCACCUUUCUAGAGGCUACACAAACUCUGAAAAGUACUAUAAUUGAAUAUAUUUGAGUCUCCGAUUUUCCAAAAAAAAAAAACUGAAGUGAUAACAUAACAAUUUACUCUUCAAACAAUCAAUUUUUUUUUUCCCAGUGACCUCCUCCUUAACGCUAUACGUCCAAUGGGGACUGAACUUGACCCUUUCUCCUUGUCUCAACUUUUCGGUCGACGAUGCGGCUUUCCAAAGGUACUUUUCAUUCGAAAUUCCCAAUAAUUAUGAAAUAUUUCCAGUUAUUGCAUUAACAACUCAAGUAAAAAACUAACCCUAAAAGGCCGAAAUUUUCAAAUGACCGACUCGCAAGCCUUCGGUGGAUAUUUAUUGAAGUACUCUCUGAAGAUUUUAGCGGCGGAAGGUUGGUUUUUCCGGUUCUUUUUGAAAUUUUUUAAAGUUUUUCAGGUUCAAAGAUGGAUGUUAAUGGAUUUUAUGGCGUUUUUUUGUUGUUAAUAGUACAUUUUAUUCAUUUUCCAACUUGAAAACUGUGAUAAAUUAUUUUUUCUUUGUAAAAAUCACAUUGAACGACCGAAACGUUAUCCUUGGAGAUAAGGCAAUGGGGGACGUUUUUGAAAGUUGGGGUCACAGAACAAGUUUUUUUCUAAUUUUUUUAAUCUAAAAAAAGUUUGAUAGCUUAUCGCAAAUUUCUGUAAUGAUGUACCGACUCUCAAAGAUGAGGUGAAUAAUUAUUUUAUUUAAAGGCGCAUGAUGAACGUUCAAAAAAUGAUUUCAACACGUUGAAAACUACAAAAAAAUGUAUGCAAAAAGCCAUAUUUUCUGAGGAUAACUCUCAUAAAAAAUUUUAUAAACGGAGCAUUUUUAAUUAAAGGCGCAUGUUGAGCAAGUUGAAGGAUAUCUCGACACGAAAACUUGAUUAAGCUCGAUUCGUAGAAGUUUUUCAGGUAGAAAUUCGAAAAAUGAGGACUUCUCAUUUUGAAAGGGAUAUUAAUCAUAACCACUGAUUACAGGUAAAAUUUUAAGCAGGACUGAUUAAUCACAGGUAUAUAUCAUUGUGCAAUAUGAACUCCUUGCCCGAAACGUUGCCCAACGUCAUUUUGUUUGCUCAAUGCCGUUUCCCCUAUCAGUUGCCGUUUGUCAUAUAAAAGUCGAGGUCCUCAGCUUUCAACGAUUUCUUGUUCCGGGUCAAAAAUGCUCCUUUUCACGGUUUUAUUCGUUCUUUUUAGUACUUCAACUGCAGUCCAGGACAUUCUAGGUAAGAAAUUAUGAAACAUUAUAAAGUCCAUCCGCUAAAACUCAAGGGAUACUUGGAUAUCAAAGAAAUUGUGCAGUAGAAAAUCGUGAAACCUCGAUUUCACUCAUGUUUUAUCUGACUUCUCUGCGCUCUCUCUCUUUUUCCCGCUCCCUCUCGCCAGCGAAGGGAAAGAGAGCGCAGACAGGUCAGAUAGUUGAAAAUCUUAGCGAAUGGAUUAUUUAGGAGAACUGGGUUUUUUCCAACUCUGAAAAAAAAGGGAUUUUCAGGUUGCCCAGCGAAUCCAAUCAUCUUAUCAGAUGGAGACACUUACAAUCUGGUCCCUACUCAAUGCAAUUAUACGGUUUGAUACUUGUUUCACCACUAUUUGGAACUGUCUGAGUGUCUGCGCUCUCUUUCUCUCUUACCCGGCCUUCCAGAAAAAAAAAAGAAGAAAUGCGCAGAGCAAGACAGCGCAGAUGGCUGUAAUUUUAGCAGUAAUCCGAGAAAUUUCCCUUACAUAUAUUUUUUUCUAGUUCCUCCCCGGCAGCUUCAUUUUCACGACGUUCACUUGCAAAAACUACAAUGACGAUCAGACGACGUUCUAUUUGAGCUACAAUUCUUACGUUAGGACCGAAUCUUUCAAGUUUGACUCGUCAAGUGGAAAAAGUUGUACUGUUCAAUUUCAGCUUUGUUUCUCGUAGUCUGAACCCGAUCCCGCCAAUCAUUUUCAAUUUGAGAUUGACGCCCAGGAGAACGAACUACAAUUUUACAAUUACAGCCAAGUCAGGUACGCUUAUCACUCAUAAAUCAAAUAAUUCAAAACAUAAAUUAUCAAGUCUCCUCCUUCGAAAGUUGCAAGUGACAACAAAGUUUUGUAUGCAAGUUUUUAUUGUAGACGCUUUACUAGAAGGAAAAGGAAGGUGGUGCUCAUUCGUAGGCGCGAGCGUUGGCGUCACCUCCCCACUGGAGCCAGAGAAGGCCGUUGGCCGAGAUGACGAGGGCCGCGAAGACGGUGAGGACGGUGGAGGACGACAUCUUCCGAUGGAUUCUGCAGGAAAAAAGGCCCCUUUAAUGGGUUGGAACAGGAUGGCUCUCAAGGAUGAGACAAAUUGAAGAAUGGGAACUGACUAGAAGUUCAUGGAACUCUCUCAGGACUCGAUUUGGUUCCCAUUCUUCAAUUUAACUGUUCCUUGAGAACUUCCCAGAUCCAACCUAUAAAACGGGUCUCCUUCCCUCGAGAAUCCAUCGGAAGAUGUCGUCCUCCACCGUCCUCACCGUCUUCGCGGCCCUCGUCGCCUCGGCCAACGGCCUUCUCUGGCUCCAGUGGGGAGGUGACGCCAACGCUCGCGCCUACGAAUGAGCAACGUCUUCUUCUUUUUAUCGUCAAUAAAAUUUGCAUCCGAAAUGUUUUUAUCCGUCACAAAAAAAAAACAAAGGAAAUCCGACCAUUCUAAGGUGGAUUCAUUGUUUUUCAGCCCUCUCCCCCUACCUUGCGAAUAAAACAGUCACCUCGGACCCAAACUAUUCAACUUUGAUCCGCGGAUCGGACAUUUUCCCGAACACUGUCUACACCGUCCAAUCUACGGUCGAUGCUCCAACUCUCAGAGUUAUCACCGAUCCCUACGGUCACUCGAAUAAUGAUGACGCCUGGGGCAUUUACGUCUUCUUUGGAUCUCAGUACCUUUGCACGUAAGUUCAUUGUCUCAACUCUUUUUCUGAGUACAAAACGGCUUCUAAAAUUUGUCAACUGGUUUCAUAUAAUUAACAUAUUUUUUAUUAAAUUUGAGUCACUUCAAAAUCACUUCAAAGCUCAAAUUUCAAAUUUCAGAGCCGCUGAAGCCUACUUCAACCUUCAACAUUCCAUAACGUCCCCCGGAAGAACUUUUUCGUUUUUAACUCUCAAAAACCUUGCCACUGUUAAUAUUCGUACGGAUCUACUCGUUCAAACUCGUAGAUUCGGUAAAUUUCAAUUUUUUUUUUGCAAUUUUAUAAUGAUCGCACGUCGAAUGGCUCAGCCGGUCUGUUGCUUGAAGUCGCUUUUUUCAACGGUUUCAACUUUUCCGCGAUUUUCAUCCUUACAUUUUUGAGAAUCACGUCUUCUAAGAGUCUGCAAAACCGUAGAGCUCAUUAUACAUUUUUUCUGAAGUUUCCCGACAAAUCUACUCCAUUUAUUUUAUUUCUGGGGUGUCAGACUUUUCAACUCAUAAGCGAAUGAGAUCAAGAACCAGCCGUAACGCGACCGCGACGCUUUGAGCCAUUCUCCGUGCGACCAGGGUGUCUCAAGUGAAUAAUAAAUGGCCAAUAGUAAGCAUAUUUUUUGUAGGAUGGAACGUCCAACCAGCAGACGUGUAUCCCAACCCCCAGCCGACCUACGAGUCUCAGAUUCUUUUCAUGGCUCCUAAUUCUACAACUCUUUAUUAUUAUGUCGGUUACGACAAGUACGCAACCGAGACGGCUAUCACAAAUAUCCAGAUUGUGGUAAGGAAACCUUUUUGAGAAAAUCCAUUCAUUUUUUGAAUUCAGAAAAAAAAUUCGGUCAGCUCAAAUGCAACUGUGGACAUCUAUGCGGGGUGUCUCACCGUUCCUUUGGCCCAAAAUCUGAUCGCUUCGGUUAGGUGAGUCAAAUUCAAUCUAGACAAGUGAAAGUUGAGAAGAAAGAUCCAAACAGCUUUCAUGGAUUUUGGCAAAUAAUACUGUCAAAAACGUAAAAAAGUCAUAAAGUUGGAGAAAUGCGCCGCAGCCUUGCAAAACGGCCACGCCCAGGUUUCCGUGCCGCAAAACAGCUAUCCCAGUUUUUUCUUUUUUUUUCCUCUUAGCACGAAGUGAUUCAAAAGCGGGAGAUGAAUGAGAACAGCGAUUUUAGUUUUUGGAGUAAAUUUAAAAAAUGAAAAAUGCCAAAGAAAUGGAACUUGACUUUUUUACCUUGAAAAUAGUUAUAGAAGCUUCUUCACCAAAUUUAAAUAACAUUUGAAAAAAAAAGCAAGGAAAAAGCCGAUAUUCAGAUUAAUUUGGUAGGGCACGAAAAAGUGGGCGUGGCUUCCUCGCAAGUCUGCGGCGCACUUUUCAAAAACUAUACAAGUUUCAUGUUUUUUACAGUCCUUCAAAUCCCCUCAACUAUUUGCCGAUUCCAAUCCGAGGAAAUUGCAAGACGUUUGUAGUCCCUGCUGGUAUCAACAUUACUUUCGAGAACUCUCCAACUAAUUUGCAAUCAAGUGAGAGAUUAUUGAAAAAUGAGAGAGUUGAAGAAAAUGUUUUCAGCGAGUUACAACGUUUACAAUGGGAAGCAGGGUAUUCUGAUGUCCCGAACCUUUCCGUUUCCGGAUACUUUCGGGAAUAUCAAUCUUUUGAAUGUCACUUUGGCUGCUAAUCGUGAGUUUUUUCAGUUUUUUAUGAGAUUUAUAGGGUUUCUAAUGCUCAAAGAUUGAUCGAAACGUAUUGAUUUUUUUGAAAUAUUGAAAAUAAAUGAAGUUUAGAAUUUGAGGAAAAAGUGGAAAUCAGCAAAAAAAAAUUUUUUUCGAAUUUUUCGCAAGUCAAUCCAAUUUUUUUCAAUUUUUUUGAAUUCACCACUCAAAUUCAAUAGCACAGAGAACAUCUAAAAAGUCGAAAAAAAUCAGAAAAAAAUUCUCAAAAUUCCUCUCAACUCGUGAAUAUUCAGCUGACCCCUGACUUGUGAGAACAUAGUCAGGAGUAACUGAACUUUCCAAUAAACAUCAAUCAAAAUAUAUUUUAGCGAAUAGGCCAAGUAUAAAUAUUUUGUCAGACAAAGAACCCGUGUUCUCACGGAAUUUGUAAUUUUCACAGUUCGCGUCAUGACUAGUUUUUUCGCCGCUGACUUGUUUUUGAAGCGAUUGAUCAAAAGAUGAGACGUUUUCUUUCAGAAACAUCGACCUUGACCUUCAACUUCCAAUGGGGUCAAAAUACAAGUUCGAGCUCUCCAAACUGUGUCAAUAUCGCUGCGGACGGUGGUCAGGCUCAAAUGUGAGGCUUUUCAGAGUUGAAAAGGGCAAAAAAAAAAGGAAAGGAACGAAAAAGUUUGAAAAAAGAUAAUUUGAGCCUAAGGGACUCCUACAGGCAAAGUAAAAAUGAUCUUUUAGGGACCUCAAAAGGAGAACAAAAGCUCAUUUUUCUCAUAUUUUCAAAAACGAAAAUCUUCAUUUUUUUUUCGAAAAAAGCCGAAAAAAGCGCUAGGAAGGUUUUUAGAGGUUUUUUUUCAAAAAGAUUAUUUUCAGGUAUUUUUUGACUUUGCCCGUGUCAAAAGAGCUCUAGAAAAAGUAUACGAAAAAAUCCCGCUCUAAGAUUGUCCGUAGAGCGCAUUUUCUCAAAAAUACGCGGCUUCCAAUUAAAAUAAACAGACUUAAAAACUCACCUCCCCUAUACCUAUAGGUUGAAAAAAUUGAGAAUAAUCAUGAUAAGGAAAUAAUUUUCUUAAAAAAGGCCAAUCAAGAUGUGAGAAACAAUAAAUGUUUAGGAAAGCUGAAAAAAGCAGUUAUUUCCGUCAAAUCAAGGUGUAAAUAAGCAAUUUCUAGAGUUCAGAAACAAGCAAAAAGUCUGAUAAACCGGUAAAAAUUAAAGAAAAACCGUGAAAAAUGUUUAUUGAGUUUAUUGAAUUGUCACUUUUCUGCUCAAAAAAAAAUCCAAUGAAAAUUAUCCAUAGAGCGCAAAAGUUUGAGCUUCCGCGGCCAUUUUUUCUCCUCAUUUUUAACAAAGUCUAAUCUCAAAUUUUCAGCUACUGCUCGGCUAACUCUACGGCUUCCAAGACAUUCUCAAUCAAGGGCCGAAAUUUCAAAGUUACCGACAACAUUCUACCAACAAGUGGCGGAUACCUGAUGAAAUACUCGGUACAAUCCAGUUUGACAGGUGAAAUUGAAAAGAUUUCGAUUCGAAAUGGGCAUUUUUAGGUUCAUCUUCCUACAUUCUUGGGCUCCUGUCGGCCAUUUUCUUCAUGCUGUGGAGAUAG